AAAAGUAGUUCUUUCAAGUUUCAACACCAAAAAAUCAUGAGCUUUGGGCUCAGCACUGAAGUUGUAGCCCAAUCUGGUUUUGGGCUUAAGGAGGGAAGCUCAAAACGGUCUCCAGCCCAAAUUUCAUUGAUAUAGCAAUUAGCAAACCUGUGUACCACGCUUUCUGGUGUGCUUUACGGAGCCCUGGAAAGAAAAGCGUGAAAUGCUAUCUAAGACCCUUAAAACCCUAAUUUACUCCCUGCUCUACAACAGCUGCAGGCAUCUCUCUAUAUAUAUGCAUAUAUACCUGGGCACCGAAGAAGAACCGUUAUUCGUCCAGACUCGAAAAACUUGACAACAAUGUCGAAGCGAGGGCGAGGUGGGUCGGCGGGGAACAAGUUCCGGAUGUCACUGGGUUUACCGGUGGCGGCGACGGUGAACUGCGCCGACAACACAGGAGCUAAGAAUCUUUACAUUAUAUCGGUGAAAGGGAUUAAGGGCCGGCUCAAUCGGCUGCCGUCGGCUUGUGUUGGAGAUAUGGUGAUGGCUACUGUGAAAAAGGGGAAGCCUGAUUUGAGAAAGAAGGUUAUGCCAGCUGUCAUCGUGAGGCAGAGGAAACCAUGGCGCCGAAAGGACGGGGUUUAUAUGUAUUUUGAAGAUAAUGCGGGUGUCAUUGUGAAUCCUAAAGGUGAAAUGAAAGGGUCUGCUAUUACUGGUCCGAUAGGGAAGGAGUGUGCUGAUCUGUGGCCCAGGAUUGCUAGUGCUGCUAAUGCCAUUGUUUGAGAUUUGGUCUGCCUUGUCACUUUUAGUUAAAGUUUGACAAGCACAAGAUUUUGUAUGAUAUUUUUUGUGUGUGAAUGGCAGUUGGCUUUGCUGAAACUUGAAGCUCUUUAGCUCAAGUAUUUUUCCUCUUUUUUUUUUUUGUUUUUAAAUAUUGUUCAGUUCCCUUUUGUUUGAACAGGCAUUCCCGUGGUAUGCAAAACAAAAAGUCUAGCUGUGAAUUUGGAAGGAAUUUAAAACUGGUAGUAUUAUAUAGAAGUGGUGAUUCAGAGGAUUUGCUUCUCA